AGCGCGUCACAAACAACAACAGCGACAAUAUACUCUUCUGUUUCACAAUCUCAACAAACAUCAACAGAAACAAUAACAAGCAGCCCAACCGCGACAGAAAAACUGUCAUCACCAGACAUACCCAUCUCAUCUACCACUGCAACAGACUUGGCUUCAACAAAACAGGAGACAAAUUCUCCAACUUUAGCUCAAUUUAGAUCAACUUCACAAAUGAAAGAAACCUCCAAUAUUGUACUGACAAGCACCUCUGUAGGAACAAGUCAGUUUACUGAAAGCCCUGGAUCAUCUCAACCCACAACAUCAACAGAUUCCACAAUUGAGCCAACAGCUACAGCUCCUGUUACAGGAACAAGUCAGGUUACUGAAAACCCUGGAUCAUCAGAAUCAGCGUCAACCUUGCCAGUGUUCACCACUGUGACAUUUUCGACGCAUGCGUCAUCCAUGCCGACUGAAACGCUCACAAGUGAGCCCCCUAGUACCACAGUGCUUGAUUCUGGAAUAACUACCAGUUCAGCUCCAAAGAGCAUAAUGUCUGAAUUGACAACACUUGACAAAACACCUUCAGAUUCAACAACAGAAAAGAAGUCAUCUCAGACAACUGCAGAGACAACUUCACAGACAGAAGCAAUGUCAACCCUGCCAGUUUUCUCCAACGUCACAUCUUCAACAUAUGCAUCGCCACCUGUAACAACCGCAGGCAGUUCUUCUACUUCAUCCCAAUAUACUCCCACAGUUAACGUAACAACUGCAAUAACAGCAACAACCCCACCAGUGACCACCACAGCACCUCUUGCAACUUCUCCGACUACAACCUCUGAAGUACCUCUUCUAACAACUACGAGAACAACUCCACAUGCGGUGACAACAGUCCAAAGUACAACUCCAGCAUGUGUUGGUAGCAGAGUGGUUGACAUCAGGCUUGAGGCUGUUCCUAGCACGGUAAUUAGCGUUAGCUGGAGUGUGGAAAACCCGGUGCCCCAGAUGGAGUACACGGUGAAACUCAGCUAUAACUCCAGCACAAUACAAAAUGUCACAACAGAAAGGAAAAUGGAGUUCACCGGCAUGCUACCUGCAGCGACAUACACUCUCACUAUAGAGUAUCUGUCCUGUGGUAAAAAGGAAAACACUAUGAUGAAUAUAACCACUGUUGCAAAAAUUUAUGAAUCAUAUACCAGAAUUCCAGACAAGGAGUUUGUUCCUGAAUUUAAGAACCAGUCAAGCACAGAGUUUAAAGAAUUUGUUGCCAUGUUCAUAAAUGAGAGUACUGAUUAA